CUGUGGGCGAAACGGAGCAGCGGAGGGCGAGAAUUAUAAUAGGACGCGCUGGUCAACAAUAAUCACGUCCCACUGUCCCACGGUUCCCUCAGGCCUCCCACCUUCACAACUUGAACAACUCGGAAAGAGAACCAUCCAACCAACUCAGAGAGAUCGGUCAAGUUUACGUCUUCCAGAUUAUAUAAACAACCAGGCCACCUCUGUGGGCUUCUCCAACUGUCCACUUCUCUUCAGCAGCAAGUGUUCCUAGAAAUCUAGCAGUUGUCACACUUCGAUCGAGGCUCUCAGUCGUUCGAAAGUAUUUGGAACGCUCCUUGUCCCAGUGCCACCGCAAGGCUCAACCAACCGGCCCCAAUCCUCACCAAUCCCAUAUAUAAAAAACAACAAUAUGCAUCCCUACUCCCUCCAACCCCUCAACCAACACCGCCCUCGCAACUUCCCCCAACCCUCCUUCCAACACGAACUAGACGCCCAAACCUCCCGCCUAGCCACCGAGCUCAACUUCCCCCUCUCCCUCCCCUCCGGCAUCCAACAGGCCGAAUACACCUACUACGCUCCCAGUCUCGAACCUGUGCCCCCCGGCGACGGUAGCAGCAUGUUUGGCGGAGGCGCAGCUGACGUCACGGGCAGCAGCUCGUCGUCUACCAAUUUGUACAUCUCGCCUGAACAAGCCACCGUGUCGUAUGCUAGCGGAAUCAGUACGGGAUUUGACGGUGGUGCGGCCCAACAGGGGGCGUGGCCGCAGCAGAUGCAGAGGGGGUCGAUGUCGGCGUCGGAGUCGGGGUUUGAGGCGGGGACGGAUAUUUCGCCUUUGGGGGUGCGCAGUCCUGAUGAUUAUGCGUGGAGUAGUGAGGCGGGGUCCGAGAACACCGGGUAUGCACGGGCUGGGAGGGCUAGGGCUGUUGUUGAGCAGGGUGGGGCGAAGUAUGUGCCGGGUCGUUCGACGAUUGACUUGGAACCCGCAACAAUCGUAGCCCAACCGCACAUAAACAAAAUCAUCAGCCAACUCCACGCCUACACCGAACACUCCGUCCCGCGCCCACAAACCAUCUUCGACGACCUCCCACCCCUGCCCGAUCUCUUCACCCUAAACGAGAUCCUCUCCCUGUAUUUUGAGAAAAUAACCUGCACACUCGCAAUCAUCCACGAAGCCGCAUUCUACCAGGCCGCGUCGCGGCCACCUUCGCCGGAGCAACCGCACAUACCGGGUCAUUUACCCCCGUCGACGGGAAUCGACCCCGCCGUACUGUUUGCGAUGCUGGCGUGUGCGGCUCGGUACCACCCCCUCUACGAAGGCCGCAAAGAGGUCGUCGAACAUAUAUUCUACGAACGCGCACGCCGUCUCGUCUUACCCGUUAUCGACAACCCGAGCAUCAACGUGCUGAAAACCCUGUUGCAUUUGACGUUGUUUGCGGUGGAGAACUCGCUGUGGAAGCCGAGUUAUAUGUGGUUGGGUACGAGUGUGGCGAUGGCGCGGUAUUUGGGGCUGUAUAAGGAGUUGCCGGCUUUGGGUGAGGAUGAUGUUACGAAAGAGGGGUUGAUUGGGGGGUUGGCGCCGCAGCAGAUUAUGGCGGAGGAGUGUCGAAGGAUUUGGUGGUGGGUCCGAAACUACGACGCCUCUGGCAGCGCCGCCUCCAAACGCCCUCAAAUGAUCUCCGACAGCGAAUACUCCAAAGAGCUCCUCCUCCCCUGCCCCGACUCGCUCUUCUACGCCACCCGCUACGGCCUCACGCCCACCUCCCCCACCAUCCCGCGCACGCAAACCCUCGACGAAUUCUACUCGGCCGUCUUCGGCGCCGACCUCGCCCACUCGUCCAUCGGGCCCAACGGGUACAUCGGCGCCCUCACAGCCUUAUUCAACCGCGUGACCAAGUUCAGGCAGAACUGUAAUACCAUCAACGUUCUCCCGUUUGCGGUCACCCCGGAAACGGACACGCAUUACGUCCUGCGGGAUUUCAACGCGCAUAAAGCGGAACUGGACAUGUGGUACCAUAAAUUGCCCGGGUGGGUCAAGAUCCUCGAUUCGGCGGUCAAGGACCCCGCGGACCCGAUCGUCGGCGGCGGGCUGUGCUGGGAGGACCAGUGGAUGCGCGAGACCUACGAAUGGGGCAUCGCUCUCGUAAUCUACCACGCGGCCUGUGCCACACUCCACGGGCCGGAUUACAACAUGAUGGCGAUGGGCGUGCAGAUUGCCGCUGCUGGAUCGUCAGGAGGGGCGGGGAAGAGCACGAUGCAGCCGCCGCCGCAUGUGGUGCAUCUGUUUGCGGUGGCGAGGCUGGAUGAGGUGUUGACGGCGUGGCAGGGGAGUGAGAGUUUUGGGAGGGCGCUGGAUCAUGCGGCGAAGGGGAGUUUGCUUUUGGAGGAGAUGGCGGGGAGGGUGCCGCCGGGGAAGAGGAGGGAUACGCCUUUCUUUGGGUAUUGUGUUUGUCAAUUGGUAAGGCUUUGCGAGACGCGUGGUUGCUUGAUACCUACAAUCCAGCGUUCUGGCAAAUCCUCAUGAAAAACUGACGUUGUGAAUUUCCUCCUCCCCUUUGACAAUCCCAACAGGGUCUCCUGAACCUCAUCGCCGCCCGCCAACUCGCCCUCAUGCAACGCGGCUUCACCUCCCUCGGCGGAACCGGCACAGCCCCUUCCCUCUCCCUCGUGCCCACCUCCCAACACGACCCCACCUCCCAAACCCUCUCCGCCACCCUCAAAUCCCGCGCCGCCCGCUCCAUCUCCAUCCUCGCCCACCAAUCCAGCAUCUUCUCCGCCUCCGCCACCGGCAAAGCCCUGCUCGAAAAAGUCAUGCGGGAAGUCGCCGGCGGGGAGAUUAGUAUGAAGUUGAUGGAUGAUCUGGAAAAACAGGGGAAGGCUGGGGAUGGCGGACGUGGGGGGAUGGCGGAGAUGUUGGUGAGGAAGAGUAUGGGGGGCACGGCGAGGGAGGUGAUUGAGGAGCCGGGGAGGUGUGCGGGGACGAUGGGGGUU